CAUGGUUAUUGGCCGAAACUCCUUGAAGGAUGCCACUACAUAUAAUAUUAGGUAUGUAGCUGCCUAGAAAGCGGGAGGGAAACGUGCAUAUGCAAGUAAUGCAGCUUUUCGGUGUGUAGUCCUAAUUUCAGGCGAGCUCUCUGCAUGUCCUCAUGGCCAUUCCAUGUGAUAGGGUUAAUUUGUAUUAUACCAGGAACUGAACCCCAAAUGUAACCCACCCAUCACCAGGACAAAUGGGGUCUUCCAAGAUCGGGCAUCGUGUUAUCUGUGAUUCGCAUUAGCGGCAGUCAUAUGUCGCACCCGCAAGAAGGGUGGACUGCCCGUAUCCGUCUAGAUGCCGAGCUUGUUGGCAGCCCAACCGCAUGUAGGUUGGCACCUAUCAAUAUAAGGCAGCAGAAUCGCCAUACGAGUUUGAACCAAUGUCAGAUGACGAUGCCAUCUGAACCCUCUGCACACGAAUCGGUGUGGGAUGUUCUAACGUGUCGUAUACGGACAGGCUGCCAUACGCGGGGGCUGUCCCCUGUAUGACGGGUCGUCGAUAAAAUACCUGACGAUCGCCCCCCUUGGGUUUCAGUCCCAAAAUAAUGUUUCUCUAGGGCUGCGUCGCUACCUAUUUCCGGAUUCCGAUUCGCGAUAUCAGGUUGGGGGCCUUCUUUUAUGCCGCCGAGAUGUCCGUGAACUCUACAGCAUUAGUAAUUACCACAGCCCCAGAGUAUACGAGCGUCGUCGGGAGACAAGUCACAUUGACGCAGACUAUCACGUACCCGGAUGCGACAUCUACCGCCGUUGUAACGCUCGACCGAGGUGCCCCACCGACCGAGUCGCCGGCUCCGAGUUGGAAUGCAGGCGCUGCUUCGUCCGAUGGUCUCAGUCAACAGCAAAUUGGCAUCAUCGUAGGGUGCUGUAUCGGAGCCGCUGUCAUCGGUAUAGUCUUAUGGUGCUGUUGCACAAAUAGAUGCGGUUGUAGGCCUUACAGCGUCUAUGACGACGGCGACCAACACGUAGUCUACCUUUCGGACGAUAUGGAAGAGGUUGCUUGGCCAGAAAGAAGCUACUGGCCGCCAUUCCCUCGAUCAAUACCUCCACCUGUCGUCCCGACCUACGUUGCGACGGAUACGAGUCCCGAGUGGAUGGCAUACGAAGCAUCGAAUAAUAGAGAUCAUCCGAGUUAUUACCGAGGCUAAAAAGCGGUGAUUUAUCGAAGGUUUAUUUGAUAUUGUCAAACACAACCAGUUAAGCCCCGGGUUUUCGGAGUAAAGGGCCUGCUUAUUUGUGUUCCGGUUCAGCCAGGGUUGCUUCUAUACGGGGAAACUAUUCCCUUAUGAAUUUCUUUGAUAUGACUCUUUGGUGAGCACAUUUUCGAUGCCGGUGUGCAUACUACACGCUGUUGAUUUUACGGAAUCUGCGAUUUGUUCUUUUGGCGGAGGACGAUGAUACCCCUUUUUAAAGCUUUAGUUUGGUCUUGUUCGGUUAGUGUUAACGAAAGAGCCUGCUAGUGAGGUCGG